AUGUCUGGACGUGGCAAGGGCGGUAAGGGUCUCGGCAAAGGUGGUGCCAAGCGUCACCGCAAGAUCUUGCGCGACAACAUCCAGGGUAUUACCAAGCCCGCCAUCCGCCGUCUCGCCCGCCGUGGUGGUGUCAAGCGUAUCUCCGCCAUGAUCUACGAGGAGACCCGCGGUGUCCUCAAGUCGUUCCUCGAGUCGGUCAUCCGUGACGCCGUUACCUACACUGAGCAUGCCAAGCGUAAGACCGUCACCUCUCUCGACGUCGUCUACGCCCUCAAGCGCCAGGGCCGUACCCUGUACGGUUUCGGCGGCUAA